AAACAAAAAUCUUCGUUCCUGUCUUAGCAUUUGUGUGCAUUUUUCCAAUUAUUUAGUCGAAUUAUUUUUCCAAUAGGGCUUCUUCUUUUUCUAUAGAAGCUCAUCUCUAUUUCCGUCAGUUGUUUAUUUUCAUUUUUUGUAUUAAAUCACAAAUGGAAAUAGCUUUAAAUAUGAAUGGCUGCAAAGAAGAGUUCAUGCAAGCUCUUGAACCGUUCAUGAAGGUAACUUCAUCUUCUUCUUUUCCAUCUUCAUCAAAACAAGAACCAUUAACUCCCAAUAACCAAACGGGUCCAAUUGGGCUAAACCAGCUCACUCCCACUCAAAUCCUCCAAAUUCAAAGAGAGUUACAUCUCAGACAAAACCAAGCUCGCCGUCGCGGUAGUGCACAUAACCUCCAUCUUCUCAACGCAAAACCAACCCUAAUGAAGAAAACCGACGUAAGUAAACCGGUUAAGCUAUACCGCGGUGUAAGACAACGACAUUGGGGCAAAUGGGUUGCUGAGAUACGGUUGCCUAAAACCAGAACCCGGUUGUGGCUCGGUACGUUUGAAACCGAGGAAGAAGCUGCAUUAGCUUACGAUCAAGCUGCUCGUAGGAUAAGAGGAGAAAACGCUCGUCUCAAUUUCCCAAACAAUGGAGAAUACAAGCAGACCUUGUCUCCUACUGUCAACGCUAAGAUCGAAUCCAUCUUCAAUACCUCAGAUCUUCCCCUGCAUGAGCUCAAGAAACCGGCCAAAACAGAGGAAGAGUUCUUUGGUUUUCAUUAUACAGGUCCUACACCAGAUCGAGAGCGUGAAUUUUCGGAUAUGUUCGGAUACGGGUUUGGUUCUUCUCUAGAGUCGGAUAUAACGUUGUUGGAUUUGUCAAGCGAAUGGGUAAAGGAAGAUGAGAGCUUUUGCAUGGGUUUGCAGAAGUAUCCUUCUUUUGAGAUUGAUUGGGACGCUAUAGAUAAACUAUCUGGAUCCGUAUAAGCCUUCAAAACUCAUUCGUUUAUAAUUGUUUUAGAAGUUUAUAUGUUUUGAGCUUUGUAAUAUAGAACUUCUUGAUGCAGAGGACCAAUGAACUUAACUCUGUUUAUGCUUUCAUUUGUAACAUCAU